GGGAUGCUCGAUACCCGGAUGCGUAGUACACGCCAUUAGCCAGUGAAAAGCCGACUUGUAGUGUCGUAGGAAAGAGCUUUUCGGUAGUAGAAGGCGGUUUAUAAGGCAAAUUUAACUUGGGAAAUAGUACACUCAAAGAUGAAAUUAUUACCUAAGAUUCUUCUUAUUGCUUUGCUAGCAUUUCCAGCAACUCUUCUUUUGAACAGUAGAGGGCCACUGGUUGCUGCUCAAGAUGCAACUGAAGAUGAGGAGGCAGCCGAAGACCUCAUUGCAGAGGAGGAAGAUGAUGAAGCUGAAGUAGAGGAUGAUGAAACUACAGAUCUGGUAGAAGAAAAGGAUGAUGAUGAUGAAGAUGUAUCAAGCGAAGCCAAAGCCUCUCCAAAUGCUGACACCACUAUCCUUUUUGUCAAAGGAGAAGAUUUCCCAGCCAACAAUAUUGUCAAAUUCCUUGUUGGCUUUACUAACAAAGGAAAUGAAGACUUUGUGGUUGAAUCUUUGGAUGCUUCCUUUCGAUAUCCCCAGGAUUAUCAGUUCUAUAUACAGAACUUCACCGCCCUUCAGCUAAAUACCUUGGUGCAGCCUCAACGACAAGCAACCUUUGAAUAUUCCUUUAUUCCAGCUGAGCCAAUGGGGGGCCGUCCUUUUGGCCUUGUUAUUAAUCUCAACUACAAGGAUCUUUCUGGCAAUGUUUUCCAAGAUGCAGUUUUUAACCAAACGGUUACAAUCACAGAGAGAGAAGAUGGCUUGGAUGGAGAAACGAUCUUCAUGUAUGUGUUCCUUUCUGGACUUGGGCUUCUUGUUGUUGUUGGUUUGCACCAGCUUCUGGAAUCUAGAAAGAGACGGAGACCAACAACAAAGGUUGAAAUGGGUACUUCCAGCCAUAAUGAUGUGGAUAUGAGUUGGAUUCCUCAAGAAACUCUCAAUCAGAUUAUGCAAAGCAGACGAGAUAAAGCUUCACCACGGAGGUCUCCACGUAAGAGGGCACAAAAAAGAUCUGCAGGAUCCGAUGAGUAGCUGUGACGAGAACUUCCACCCACAUUAACUCAGUCCAUUAUGUGGUAGAUUGAAAAUGUGUUGAUGCCCAGAGAACAUAAUUGGGGGGG